AUGACCUCUCACACGGGCACCCCGCUGCUGCAAGAGGCGUGCUCCUCGUCCUCAGUGCCUCCCAUGUCUCUCGACGCCUUCAACGAAAAGUUGUUGAUACACCCAUCCGGCGAAGAGCAGGUGGUGCUAUCUUGUGCUACACAGUCCCAUGUGGCCACCCGCAGCCGCAGACGCUAUGAUGUGGACGUUUUCUUUGACAGACAACAGAACGAGAGCUCCCAGGGAACCACUCCCGCAGCUACAGGCUCCGACAAGAGCAAGGGUAAGCAGCCGGCCGUGAGUGCCACGGUCGAAAGCAUUUCCGCACCUCUGGCUUCGCAAGUGGUGCCCCCAGCGGCAGUCUCGCUCUUCCCAGCUACAAACAUGAACCAGUUUGACUCAAAGUCCGAAGAAUAUAUUCCUUUGGACGGUUGUGUUGAGGGAUAG